AUUUUUUUGUCAUGUCGCACCUGAGAUUCAUGAAAGAACUCGACAAUUUAACCCGCUUGGAUGAAUCUAUCAAAGGUGCAAUCCCGCGAUGGCAAAAGAAAUGUAUGGAAGCGUCAAAUUUAAGCAUUAACCACAGUUUAAACUCAUCAAAGAAAAUUACCUCUUUUACAAGUAGUAUGUCAGGAAAGACUCCGACGAAGAAAAGCGACUGCAAGACCAAGAAAACUCCUUCCAAAUGUACUAAGAAAUCUCCAAGUCGAGCCACUACUCCAGCUAAGACGCCCAGUGGUGGUGACAGAUUCAUUCCGUCGAGAGCCACAACUAAUUUUGAAUUAAGCCAUUUUAAGAUUCUUCAACAACAGAAUAUUGAGCAAGAUAAAGACAAAGCUGAUAAAAUAAGUCCUAAGAAACGAGAAAUGCAGCGUCUGAUAGGAGAGAAUCUUCACGGUGGUGAUAUAAAUAAUGCACGAGUUUUAUCUUAUCAAAUUAAAGCACCAGCGCCACCAGAAGGAUAUCAGAAUCCUCUGAAGAUCCUGUACAGUCAAACUAAAACACCAGCUAGUGUCAGAGCUUCUACGAGGUACAUAUCACAAGCUCCUGAUAGAAUACUGGAUGCACCUGAAAUUAUCGAUGAUUAUUAUUUAAACUUGGUGGAUUGGUCAAACAAUAAUAUCUUAGCUGUAGCAUUAGGUGCUAAUGUUUAUUUAUGGAACGCUGGAAGUGGUACUAUAGAACAGUUAUUUGAAUUGGAAGCAAAUGAUUAUGUAUGCUCUGUUGCAUGGAUUCAAGAAGGUCCAUGUUUAGCAGUGGGUACCACAGUAGGAAAUACAGAAUUAUGGGAUUGCAGUCAAAUGAAGAGAAUGCGUGUUAUGAACGGACACGUAUCCAGAGUCGGUUCUCUUUCCUGGAAUUCCCAUGUACUCUCAAGUGGCUGCAGGUCUGGUAAAAUAGUACAUCAUGAUGUCAGAGACCGAAAUCAUUCAAUCUCUACUAUAAACGCACAUGCUCAAGAAGUAUGUGGCUUAAAAUGGUCACUUGACGGACAAUAUUUAGCGAGUGGUGGUAAUGACAACAUGCUGCAAAUCUGGUCCUCAUUCGCUGGGCAAAGACAUUCUCAGACACAACCGAUUUAUUCGUUCAAUCAACAUCAAGCUGCUGUAAAGGCGCUCGCUUGGUGUCCUUGGCAAAACAAUGUACUUGCGAGCGGCGGCGGCACCGCCGAUCGAACCAUUCGGUUUUGGAAUUGUAACUCAGGUGUCUGUUUGAAUACGAUAGACACAAAAUCUCAGGUCUGCGCUUUGCUAUGGUCUACAAACUACAAAGAGAUUGUUUCUGGACACGGAUACGCGCAAAAUCAGCUAACAAUUUGGAAAUAUCCAAUGAUGACGAAGGUUGCGGAACUUACUGGACAUACCAGUCGCGUUUUACAUUUAGCCAUGUCUCCGGAUGGAACUACAGUGCUUAGCGCUGGUGCCGACGAAACGUUAAGAUUGUGGAAGUGCUUCCAAGUGGAUCCACAGAAAAAAAAAGAAUCUAACGACAUAAAAUCAGUUGCGUCUAGACUCAAACAAUCGAUUCGAUAAAAAAAGAUAUGUAAUGCAUGUUGCUUAGCAAUCAUUCCAGUAUUUAUUUUUUUAAACUGAUUGCGAUCGGUUUAU